AUUACUUUUAAUUGAUGGUAACGUUGUAACUUAACUAACUACUUUCCAAAGUAACUAUACCCAACACUGGUUGUCAAAGUGCCGUGGGUUUAGAGGAAAACCCCUCGAUGAAAGAAAAACGUACCUUAAAGAGCAGUCUAUCUGCUUCAGGUGUUGCAGUUCCACUAAACACAUAGCAAAGGAAUGUGCAGCAGCUGUUAAAUGUAGAGAGUGUAACAGUGAUCGCCAUGUCUCUGCAAUGCACCCAGGAUCAGCUCCAUGGGCAGUGGAAUCUCCAGUAACACAGCAAGAGCAGGACGAGGAGCCUGAAGGUGAUUUAUUAUCUGAGGUUACUUCUAAGUGCACAGAAAUCUGUGGCAAAGCUCUUAGACCUAGAUCAUGCUCAAAAAUCUGUUUGGUGGAUGUCUACCCAUCUAACUCCCCUGGAAAGGCUAAGAGGAUGUAUGUUGUUCUGGAUGAACAGAGUAACCGGUCUCUAGCAAAGUCCGACUUUUUCGAGCUGUUUGAGAUCAAUGGAGAUUCUUUUCCCUAUACUCUUCGUACAUGUGCAGGUACAACAAAGACAAUGGGAAGAAGAGCAGAUAAUUUCAUUGUUAGUUCACUGGAUGGGAAAACUCAAGUGUCACUUCCCACACUCUUAGAAUGCAACAUGUUGCCGGAAGAUCGCGACGAAAUUCCUACUCCUGCAGAAGUACAAUACUUCUCUCAUCUCAAGCCAAUGGCUGACAAAAUACGACCUUAUGAUGCAAACGCUCCCAUUCUUCUUCUUUUUGGAAGGGACAUUUUAAGUGUGCAUAAGGUUCGAGAACAGUGUAAUGGACCUGGUAACCUGCCAUAUGCUCAGCGUCUUGACUUAGGCUGGGUCAUUGUGGGAGAGGUUUGUAUGGGAGGAGUACACAAAUCUGAGACUGCAAAUGUUUUCAGAACAAACAUACUGCAAAACGGACGUACAUCUGUUUUCAUACCCUGCUCAAAAGGAAUUCAGGUCAAAGAACAGUUUGGUACUCCAAAUGAUCAAUACCAAUCCUGCUGUCCUGUCUCAAGCUGUUUUACGGAUCACCUGGGUGAUAAAGUCUUUCAGAGGACUCCUGAGGAUAAUAAGCUUUCACUGUCUGUUGAGGAUAACAUCUUCCUUGAGGUUAUGAACAGAGAAAUGUUCAUGGAUGAGUCAAACCACUGGGUAGCUCCAUUACCAUUCCGUUUACCUCGCAGCCCACUGCCGAACAACCGAGACCAGGCAAUGAAACGUCUUAAUGUCCUCCAGAGCACCUUACAAAGGAAACCCGAGAUGGCCAAACACUUUGUGGAGUUUAUGCGAAACUUGUUCAUCAACCAACAUGCAGAAAUAGCUCCCCCACUGCAGCCUGAUGAAGAAUGCUGGUAUUUACCAAUAUUUGAUGUGUACCACCCUCUGAAACCUGGGAAGAUUAGGGUCGUCUUUGAUUCUAGUGCGCAGUAUGAAGGCGUCUCGUUGAAUAGCAUUCUUCUUCAUGGACCAGAUCUAAACAACAAGCUCCUGGGGGUCUUGGUGCGCUUUCGUAGGGAGCAGAUUGCAGUUACAGCUGAUGUAGAACAGAUGUUUUACUGCUUCAAGGUCAGGGAAGAUCACCAAAACUUUCUGAGGUUUCUGUGGUUCAAGGAUAAUGACCUCUCCAAAGAAAUCACAGAGUACCGAAUGACAGUUCAUGUUUUCGGUAACAGCCCGUCGCCAGCUGUGGCAAUCUUUGGGAUGAGACGAGCAGCUGAGUUUGGAGAAGACGGGCAUGGAAGAGAAGCCAAGCACUUUGUCCAUAAAAAUUUUUAUGUGGACGACGGCCUGAUCUCUGUAUCCAGUGUCGCUGAAGCCAUCAGUCAACUGAAAAACACCAAAAACAUGUUAGCUGAGUCAAACAUCAACCUUCACAAGAUUUUAUCAAACAGCCAUCAAGUAAUGGAAGCAUUCCCUCCAUCUGAAAGAGCAAAUGACCUGAAGGAUCUGGAUUUGAGUGUCGAUCCUCUUCCUCUCCAAAGAAGUUUAGGGUUGAGCUGGAACUUAGAGACUGACUGUUUCACUUUUCAGGUUUCUACAGAAGUUAAACCAUUCACACGACGGGGCAUACUUUCAACAGUUAACAGUCUCUAUGAUCCUUUGGGAUUUGUUGCACCUGUCACCAUGCAGGGUAAGGCCUUAGUAAGAGAGCUGUCAUCAGAGCAGUUUGACUGGGACACGCCACUCCCAUCUGAUAAAGAAGCCCAGUGGAAAGCAUGGACAGAUUCAUUAGCAGAUCUCAAGGAAGUCCAGAUUCACAGACCCUAUGUUCCAGUCUCGAUUUCCAAAACUUCCAAGAGAGAGAUAAUCAUUUUUGCUGAUGCCUCUACAUUAGCCAUAGCAGCGGUUGCCUACCUGAGGGUUGUAACUACAGAUGGUCAGUGUCACAUUGGGUUUGUUAUGGCCAAAUCUAAGUUGGCACCAUACCCUGCUCACACAGUGCCACGUCUUGCUGUCGAGCUGGCAGGUCUGAUUAAAGAAGAGCUGGAUGUGGAACUAACUGCAGUAAAGUUCUACACUGACAGUAGAAUCGUUUUAGGAUACAUCUACAAUACUUCCCGGCGAUUCUAUGUGUAUGUUGCUAAUCGAGUGGCCCAAAUUAGACAUUCCACAAAGCCAGAACAGUGGCAUCACAUUUAUUCAGACCUCAAUCCAGCAGAUCUCGGCACCAGAUUCAUUCCAGCAGCUAUCCUACCUCAAACUAAUUGGUUCUAUGGUCCAGGAUUCCUCCAUCAGCAUUUUCUCGGGGAAACUCCUGAAAAUGAAUCAUUUGAGCUUGUAGAGCCAGAGAAGGAUCAGGACAUUCGCCCACAUGUAGUAACCUUGGCCACGCAGACAACAGAACAGUCUCUGGGAUCACACAGAUUCGAACGCUUCUCUGAGUGGAGAUCUCUUGUAAGAAGUAUAGCCAUGCUUUGCCAUGUUGUAAAAUCAUUUUCUCAAGACAGAAAUAUGGGGGAUUGCAAAGGAUGGCAUUGGUGCAAUAAAUGUCUCCAGUCUGAGUGCACACAAGCAAAGACUUCUAUUAUUAAAUGUGUGCAGCAAGAGCACUAUAAAGAUGAAUUCAAGAGUUUGGAGAAAGGUGAAGAAAUCUCACAGCGAAGUGCUCUGAAGAGACUAUCUCCCUUUGUAGACACUGAAGGACUUAUUAGAGUGGGAGGUCGCUAACAAUCAGCAGAACUGUCUGAACAGGAAAAACGCCCACUAAUAAUUCCAGCAAGUCAACACGUAGCCACGUUGUUGGUCAGAUACUACCAUGAUCGAGUGGCACAUCAAGGACGACAUCUAACUGCCGGUGCAGUACGUUCAGCAGGUCUCUGGAUUGUAAAAGGAACUAAACUAAUCAACCGUGUGAUUCAUCAGUGCGUUUUCUGUAGGAAGUUAAGAGGCAGACUCGAAGAACAGAGAAUGUCAGAUUUACCUAUGGACAGAGUGAAAGUGGAUCCCCCAUUCACUCAUGUGGGUCUGGAUGUUUUUGGGCCAUGGAACAUAAUAUCACGCUGCACUAGGGGUGGCAGUGCUGAAAGUAAAAGAUGGGUUGUCAUUUUCUCUUGCUUAAGUACAAGGGCUGUCCAUUUGGAAGUCACUGAGUCCAUGUCAACCUCAAGUUUCAUUAAUGCCCUCAGACGGUUUUUGGCAGUUCGCGGACCAGUCAAACACUUCAGAUCUGACAGAGGAACAAAUUUCAUCGGAGCCUGUCGAGAACUGAAAAUCAAUGCAGAUGAUCCAGAACUAAAAGGUUACUUGCAGGAGCAAGGUUGCGUAUUGACAUUUAAUGCUCCCCACUCUUCCCACAUGGGGGGAGCUUGGGAAAGAAUGAUCCACAUAGCACGGAAUAUUCUGGAUGGAUUGCUGCUAAAAACCGGCCUUUCCCGUCUUACCCAUGAGGUUUUGACUACUCUCAUGUCCGAAGUCAUGGCAAUAAUGAAUGCUAGACCUUAACUUCCUAUUUCUUCUGAUUCAGACACAUUGGAAGUUCUGUCCCCUGCCAUGCUCCUCAAUCAAAAGGCUAGCACUGUACCAGCACCUCUUGGGGACUUUGACAUUAAGGACCUCUACAAGAAAGAAUGGCGACAAGUUCAGUGUCUGGCGGAUGCUUUUUGGAAAGCUUGGAGGAGAGACUAUCUUGCAACAUUGCAAGUACGGAGGAAAUGGACUGAGAAAAGAAGGAACCUUGAGGAAGGUGAUGUUGUCUUGCUUAAAGAUACCAAAGUGAAACGUAAUGAGUGGCCAAUUGGACUCAUUGUGAAAACCAUACCCAGCAGUGAUGAUAAUGUGAGGAAGGUUGAGGUAAAGAUAGUUAGAGAAGGAUCUGCUAAGGUAUAGCUAAGGCCUGUCUCUGAAGUAGUACUACUCCUGCCUGGGACGUCGCAGAAGGAUCAAUAAUUGUAUAAUAAUUUAUUAUACCAGGCGGGGAGUGUGCUGUUACUUAUGUCUAGAAGUGUUUCUUUUCCGCCUCCUACUGGACAUUUAAGGUACUGCACUGUAUUUGCCGUUUACUUUCAGUUUCUCUCAGUGAAUGCAGUCGGGAAGAACGCUCAUACAGUUCCUAUGGGCUAUUGAUUCCAUCGUUAAAACCUUGGAAAUAUAUGUCUUUUUACAUAAAAGAAGUGAGAAGAACAAUCACCAGUAAAGUCACUAAAGUUACGAAGACUGCUUUCUGGAGUUCUUUUCUGAAAUUGUACGCUAUCUGUUAAGCCUUUGCUCAAGCAACGCAAUUGGUCAGAACAGAAUAAAGAUUCUCUUUUAACUGUUACUGUUGCCAUGUUUGUCCAUGUUGUUGUUGUUGUUGUUUUCUUCUUCUUCUUUUUCUUCUUCUUCUUCUUCUUGAAUGUUAGUUAUUAUUAUAAUUCUGAAUGUUAUGAUUCAGAGCCGUUUCUCUUGUCAGCACUAAAUCACCAGUCUAAAAUUUAAAGAUAGUAUUUUCGCUCUAAUGGCACACACGUUAGUCUUGUAGCUACAGGUUAUUCUGUUCUCAGCCAACUCUUUCUCGAUUUGUUGUUUCCCUGCCAUGGGUACAUUACAUUCCUGUCAUAAUUGCUUGCUGUAUUUGCUUGAUAUAAUUGCUUGCUGAACAGUUUGGCAACAAAUUAAUGCUUACAAUUAGACAAAAUAAGAAAAAAAAAAAAAAAAAAAUAACAAAAUAAUAGCUCAUCUUUUCAAUUUAUGUAAUGAUUUCAUCAUUGCUCAGCUCAACAAAGGAUCUCAAUUUAAAAGUUGCAUAAGCAAAUACUGUCCUUUAAUCUGUAAAAUUAAAGCUCACAUUAGAUUCAUAUUAUCAUAGGUGAAUAAAACUGUAUAAAAAAUAAAUAAAAUCUAGAUGGUGAUUAAAAAUGCAUGAACAGGCAAAAUAAAUGUUUUUUUUUUUUAACUUUGUGGGACAGAAUCUGGAAAUGAAGACGUAAAUUGAGCUGUCAUUCGAGAAGAGGAUGUUGGUAUUCGAGAAGAUGUUAAUGUAGCUGAUAUCAAUGUUGAAGCAGUAUUGCAGUUGUUGUUGACUAAGUAGUAGAUUUAGGUGCAAGUGAUUGACUGGAAGAUGUUGGUUGAGAUUUAGAUAAUAAUACAGUUGAUGUAGAACUUUGAGUCACGGAUGUUGAUGCACAUGAUGAAUAUGCUGGUGCAGUUGUUUGAGCUGUAGAAGAUGUGCUAAAUGUUGGUACAGUUAUUGUUGUUUGAGCUGUAGAUCUUGGCGCAGUUGAUGUAGAUGUUAAUGCAGUUGUUUGAGCUGUAGAAGUAAUGUAGAUACUAGGAUAGUCAUUAUUGACUGAGUUGUAGAUGAUGCAGUUCAUUUAUAUGUUGGUACAGCUCUUGAUUGAGCUGUGGAUGUUGGUGCAGUUGUUGUUUGAGUUGUAGAUGUUAUCACAGUAAGGUUUUAAGGUGGUGGCAUUUGUUGUUGUUGACUAAGAGGCAGAUGUUGGUACAGCUAAUGCAGAUGUGGGAGCAAUUGCAGUUGUUGUUGAUUGGGUUGUAGGUGUUGUUGCAGCUGAUGUAAAUGUUUAAAGAAGUCACAAAUGACUUAUUUUCAAUAUAAAAAGUGAUUGUGGACUGGAUAUUUUUUUUUUACAUUUUAUCA